GAACGCAGCCUCCGCACUUGAGUGCAUUAUUGUGCACGAGAGGAAAAACAAGUCUACCCGCCACAACGUGUCAGUCAACCUUUGCACGCGGUCAAGAUGACGACAAGUACUACGGUUGUGGUAGUUACUUUGUGCAUUGCACAUUUCAUUAAUGAUGCUUCCAGUGACAAAAAAAUCAACAGACCAGUCAAUCAAAAUCUAAUAAUAGUCCCACCAGACGAUAAUUUACCAAAAUUCGUAACUCCGGUGCAAAAUACAACUGUUACAGUCGGCCACAACGCUCUAUUAGCCUGCAUCGUGGAUAACCUGCAAACAUACAAGGUUACGUGGGCCAAAGUGAAAACGGAAAUGGUACUGACGAUGCAUCAAUCUGUCAUCGCAAAAGAUUCGAGAAUAUCAUUAUCGUAUAAUGAUCAUCGGUCUUGGUAUCUGCAUAUACGAGAAGUCAAAGAAGAUGAUAGAGGAUGGUAUAUGUGUCAAAUCAAUACCGAACCUGUAAUUAGUCAGUCUGUGUAUUUGCAAGUGUUAGUGCCACCUAAAAUCAUCGAAGAUGAAACCAGCAGUGAUAUGGUGGUCAGAGAGUUGAACGAUGUUGUUUUACAAUGCAAAGCUACCGGUUACCCUGAACCCUAUGUUAUGUGGAGACGAGGAGAUGGAAAUGAUUUUAAUUAUAAUGGAGAAAAAGUGAAUGUAGUCGAUGGAGAAAAGCUGCAUUUCAAUAAGAUCAGCAGAUUGCAUAUGGGAACGUAUUACUGCAUUGCUCAAAAUGGCAUACCCCCUCCAUUUAAUAAAAAGAUUAGUUUAACCGUCCAUUUUCCACCGAUUCUUCAUGUGCCAAAUCAAUUAGUUGGAGCCACAUUGAGCCAGAAAGUUACCCUGUUGUGUAUUUCGGAAGCUUAUCCUAAAUCAAUCAAUUACUGGACUAGAGGAACGGGUGAAAUGAUAAUACCAGGUGAAAGGUAUGAAAUAGCAUACAAACACGAUAUGUACACAACAAACAUGAUGAUGACCAUUCAUAAAGUUCAACCAGAAGAUUAUGGCACUUACACUUGUGUUUCGAUCAAUCCUUUGGGAAACACCGAUGGUGUGAUUAAACUAUAUGAGGUAACCAAACCACUAGAAACUGACUGGAAGCUUUCACUAUCAUCUUCGGAUAAUAUUACUAAAAUUACUGAAGAUCUUUCAAACCAAAUAAUUUCACUGAACAGUACAUCAAGGGCAUCAAAAUGUGGAUUAGAUACGAUCGCUGCAUCUUUACUUUGCAUCAUUGGCAAAUUGUACAAAUUAUCGAGAAGGUAUUUUAAAAAUUGAGAAUAAUUUAUUUGAAAAAUCAUAAUUUUUCUAUAAAAAUAUGAUGAUUUGCAAUCAAUGUUACCAUUUUCUAAAUUUAAACCAACAUUGAUAUUUCUAGAUAGGUACCUACUCGUAAUAGAAUCCUAUAAAUAUUAAGUAAAUGGAA